UUGUAAUAUUCUUUAGAUUAUAUGGCAAGUGAUGUUAAAUGUUUUUAGACUUACCUUUUUUAGAUCUAAUUUAAAUAAAUAAAAAUUAAAAACAAUCGACCAAUCAAAUUAUAACAAUUUUUUUGAAAGUUCACCUAUGAGCGACACGUCAUCAGAAAUCACUAAAGUGACUUCUCUUUUAAUGUGUAGGGAGAUUUUCAUUCAACAAAAAGAUGAGAAUGGGAGGCGAGAUAAGUUUAACGGUUGAGAUUUAUACUAUUAUUUAUGAAGUGAUUUUGCUGAUUUGUCACAUUCUCCAUGAUUUUAGCUAAUUGUUACUUAUUUGUCGUAUUUUUAUUAGUUUUUAGAUUAAAUAAUCAGUUUCUUAAUUUAGAUAAUAUAAAUAUUUCAAACUUUCUAAUUAAUUCAUUAAUUUUAAUAUUAAAAAUAUUUCGAAAUUUCUAAUUGGAAUAUGAUUAUAAUUAUUAUAACUUUCACGAGAUUCUUUUUAGUUUUUUUAGCAUAAAUCAUUAAUUUAUUAAUUUAACUAAUAUAAAACUAUUUCAAAUUUUCAAACUCGAAUUACAAUUAUAAUUAUUUUACACAAGUUAGGACCAAUUCUUAUUUUCAUAUGAUGUAAGAUGUUUUAAAAUUCUAUAAUUUUAUUUUUCUCAUUCAUUUUAAAUUGUCCCGAUUAUAGUUUUGACUUAUAUAUUUAUGUACUUUUAAUAUUUGUUUUUUAAUUGAAAUUCUAUUUUUUUUCUUUGAGUUUGAAAGACUAUGAGCAAGUCGGUUUUGUUACAUGGAGUUUGGAAUUAUGAAUUAAGUAUACUGAAUUAGUUUAAUUAUUGUUUAAUCUAUAAGAAAAAUAUGCUUUGAUAUUAAGUUUAGAGAGUUACAUAUGUAAUCAUGUUAUGAAACGUCUAAGUAGAUAUAUUUCUAAUUAAUAAUUAGAUUUAUCAUUAUAUAGUUAACCACAAUUUAACUUUAAUAAUAAAACUAUCAUUAUCUUUUUUUUAUUAAAAGUAAACUUAUGAAAUAUUAAAAUAAGUCAAUGUGUAUAUUGAUCAAGUAAACCAAUGAAAUAUUGACAUUUUCUCAAUACAUUUUUUUUAAAAAAGUUUUCUUCUAAAUUAUCAUCGAACUUUAAUUUUUAUUUACUUUUUAUUUAUUUUGUUCUUGCUUGAGUAUUAUGUGUGUGUUUUUUUGGUAAUUUAAUACAUGUUUCUGAUUCAAAAAUACAAAGUAGAUUAAGAGAGACCAAAACUUUACACUUUUAAUUUACUUUAUUGUAUAGAAUAUUUCAUAUGUAAUUAUGCUUUUAUAGUCUCAUACUUUUAUAGCUGUUUUUUUUGUUAGAGAGACGUAGACUGAAAUAAAAAUUGAAGAAAAUUAAAAUGAUUAAGAAUAAGUUAUCAUGAUAUUUAAAUCAUAAUACAUAUAUUAAUAACUAUUAGUAAAAUGAUUAUACCUGCAUGUGCGGGCAAAACACCUAAUUUAUUAUAUAGGCGGGAAUGGAACUGAAUGAGAACUGUUGGUACACAAACAAUGACUUAAUGGGCCUAUAUUUUCGGCCCGUUUAUGUUUGACCAGAACUGAGUUUGAAAUCUGAAAAAUCCCAAGCUCUCACAGGUGAAUGCCUUGCUUCUAUCUCAAGCUCUGGUCACUUCGCCGAUAAAGACUUGUUGAAUCUCUUUGGAAAUGCCGAAUCUACAAGGCUCUUUGCCUCCUGAGCUCGCUAACAAUGUGGUUAGGUUGUACCGUGAAUGUCUUCGUAGAGCUACAUUCAUUGGUAAGCAGCAACACAACACUGAGCUGGUGGUUGGUAUGGUGAGGCAGCAAUUUAAAAAGCACAUGAAUGAGACAGACCCCGAGAAGAUUCAGAAGUUAAAGGAUGAUGCUGCUCGGGUACUCAUCAAUCACAUGUUGUUCGAGUCAGCGAAGCUAACAGGACGCAAGGUUGGCCAGAGAUCGUGAUGCAGCCUUGUUGUUAUCGUUAUGCGCUUUCUGGUUCAUUGUAUUCUGAUAAUGCAUUUAGUGGGCUUUAAUAAAGAACUUUGUAAUGAUUCAUAACAUUCAUAAUCUUGGUUUGCAAUUCAAUCCAGUGGUUCUGUACUUCAAAUUGAAUCAUACUGUUCGUUGACUCUGGUUUAGAUACACUAUAUUGGACACUUUGAAAAUGAUUAACAAAUAGAUUAUGACAGACAUGAGAAAGAAAAAAAUCCUAAAAUCUGUUCGAAUUAUUCAACAUGCAGAGUAAUUUUAUAGCAUCAAUUUCAAAAGAUGGUAGAUACAAAACAUCCUUUCUAUCACAUAGUCUUCAUGGACGAUCUAAGCUGAUCCCACAUGAGCAUUUGCAUCUCAAAACUAGCAUCAUGGAUGCAUUUAAACCAUCCAUUGGAAAUAUUAAAUCAUUCAUAUAUUUCCGUAGACGCCACACUAAUCGGAUAGUUUGGUUCGGCCCAAAUCUCCUCCAAAUAAGUUUGAUUCAGUUCAGUAUUUUGGGUAGUUCGAUUUUUAAAUAUUUUACGAUAACUAGUCAAAGUUUUUGUUUUUGUUAAAAUUUUUGGUUAAAAUUUAUUUAAAUUCGGAUAAUUCUUGUUAGUUAGGUUAAUUUGGUUCGAUAUUUUGGUUAAUUCAGUUAGUUUAAUUUAAAAUUUGAAUUAAAAUUUGGAAAAUUGAGCUAUCCGAUUAUCAAACCAAAUCAACCCAAAAACUGAAUAUUUUUAUAAACAUACCGAAUUGAACCGAACUGUAACCCGACUAACAAAAGUUUUCAGUUCGGUUCGGCGAGAUUUGGUUCACAACCGCAUGCCUAGUUAGGGCUAUAACUGGACUGGUUUUGUGCUGUUUCAAAAUGUUCUUAAGGUAAAUGGUUCGAGAGUUGUUCUGCCUUUUAAUGUUUUAGAGAGUAUUAAUUACAGGACCGACUCAUCUGAAAAAUAUAGGAAUUCAGAAAAUUUUGUAUUUGAAAACAAAUUCUUUUGAUCAGUUUUUUUUUCCUUUUCAAAAAUAUGUUAUGUGUCAGAACUUAAUUGGCUACAUCAUUUGUUAUUUCUGUUAAGAUGUGAUAAAUGAAUGAUGUGCAUGCAAAAAUGGGCAGGAUUUCAAAAGAAGGUGAAACAGAAGAUGUCAUUCAUCGGGAUUCUCUCUUUUCUUUCUCUCCCCACCGUUCAUCUUCUACUCGACAAAGCCACCGCUGAUUCUCGUUCCGGUGGCCGACGGAGGGUCUCUACCCGUCGGUCGCCACCCCAAUCGCUCCUGAGUCCAGCUUCAUCCCCUCUCUAGCCUCGAUUUCUCCAUAUCCUCCUUGCUCUUCUUCUCUGGUUCUUCGUCGGUUUGUGGCCGGAACCGGCGAAUCAAAACAGUGACUGAGUGUGUCCUCGGUCUCCCUGGAGUGAUGGCGAAGAUGUGGAUAGUCGGAUCUGAGCAGGAGGCACCGUCUAGGUGGUAGAUCUAGGGUUUUGAUUUCGAGCGGAUCUGGGUCAGUUUCUCUCUUGGAGGGUCCGACGGAGUGGCUGAGCGCCGCUGCCUUCGCCUCUCUUGUCGCUGCCUCCUCUGUCUCCCCUUGUCUCCUCUUCCGGCUGCUAUUGGUAAGAACUUCCCUCUCUCGUUCUGAGUUAAAAAGAAGAUACCAAAGCUUAUCGUUGGGGACUUCUUUCUGGUUUGGUUCUUCGAUAAUCACCAUGGCGCCUAGUUAGGUUUUAGAACUGUCUAGGGUUUGGGUUGACUCAGAGCUUUCGUGCCGUUGCUCUGCUAUGUCCCUACUCCAUUUGAUGGGUCUUUUCUCCUCUUCCGCCUGCUGAUGGGAGCUUCUUGUUCCUCCGCUUCUCAAGUUUCAGAAGGUUGAUAGCCACUGUCCCCUGCCUCUCUUGAUGUUCUGUAACUGGUUACCUUUUGUGCUCUGCUCGCAGGAUGGGACCGGAGUUCAGCCGUAUAAACCUCCGCUUCCAUCUGCCAGUACUCCACCUGCGUUUCAUCUGCUGGUUCCUCCUCAUCGGUUUGGAUUCUCAGGAGUGCAGCUUGCCGUCUUCUUGAGCUAGCAGCGUCUGGAGUGGACUUCACUGGUUAGGAAUGGCUGGACCAGGACUUGCCGACCCUGCUUCGCCUGUUCCACGGUUGGAGUCGCCCUCGGGACGGUCUGUGGUCCCUCAGACUGUUCUCCGGCUGUGACUUCUUUGGAAUCGUGCGGUUUUGAUGCAGGUCCCCGCAUCAAUCUAUUCGAUGUGGUCUGCUGUUAACUUAAUGGUUGUCAAUUGAACCAUAAUGUUAGUCAAGCUUUAAUCACAUCCAUAUGGUUGGGAUUGAAACUUUGUUUGUCUUAGUGAGUUCUUUUUAGCUUUUUUUGUGGCUCCCUAAGACACACUUGCUUUGAAUAGCGACUUAGAUACAGUAGGUUUUGAUUCAUCAAGCUGAAUGUAUCUCUCUGCAUCAUUAUUGAUUUAAUGAAAAUUCACAUACUUAACAAAAAAAAAA